AGAGAGAGGCGAGCGUGUUGUAGGGAGGGAGGGAGAGAGGCUGAGAGGCUGAGAGGGAGGAGGAGGAGGAAGAAGAGGAGGCGGCGGCGGGGGGAGAGCGCCUCGCUUCCUCCCGUCACUAGAGCAACAACCUAUUAGGAUUUCAUUUUUUUUUUUUUUUUUUUUUUUUCUGAAUUCGUGGGCAACUAUCGCCCCAGAGAUAAAGAGGGAGAAGAGAACCACCGCCAGACCAACUCUUGUCAUUUCCAGUAAGAAGUUGCAGACUUCACGUAGCUGCCUCUUGCUCUGCUGAGAAGGGCAUGGGAAUUGCGUGCAGUGCAGAGUGGAAAAUACCCCCGGUCUGAAGAAGUGCACGGGAUUCUUUUUUUUCCUUCUUCCUCUCGCUGUUUGUUUGGGUUGUUGCGUUAAACACCCAAAGGAUCGCCGCUUAACGGGAAUGAAACGUGGGGAGGAUGACUAACGACAGAACUGAGAAUUUGUUCCCUGGAGUUGCUGCUUUGCCACCCCGAAGCAACACAUACCUCGAGGAGGAAGCGUUUGGCUGCUGCUGAUUUCUCCAAAACUGGUGGUUUACCAGAUGCAUUGUGCUGUAUCUGCUGGAACAGAUCACUGCUUAGCUGCAGCAGAUCCUCAAAGGUAGACGACCAACUGCUGUCUCCAAAUAAGAAAUGAGAUGUAAUGCAUCCUGCAGUCCAUGCAUGCCUCCUCUUGCAAAUCGCGCAUCAUUCCUCUCUGGAAACCUUUAAGUCCUAAAAUCCGGGAAAAGAGAAUAAAAACAUUAUCAUGGACCUGAGGGAUUUUUACCUGUUGGCCGCUUUGAUUGCCUGUUUGAGGCUGGAUUCUGCUAUAGCUCAAGAACUUAUUUACACUAUUAGAGAGGAGCUGCCUGAAAACAUACCCAUAGGGAACAUACCAAAGGACCUGAACAUUUCUCAUAUCAAUGCUGCCACGGGGACCAGUGCCAGCCUUGUCUACAGACUGGUGUCUAAAGCAGGGGAUGCACCUCUGGUCAAAGUGUCCAGUAACACUGGGGAAAUCUUUACAACAUCUAACAGAAUAGACAGAGAAAAACUCUGUGCUGGAGCUUCGUAUGCAGAAGAAAAUGAGUGUUUCUUUGAACUUGAAGUGGUGAUUCUCCCCAAUGACUUUUUUAGGCUGAUCAAAAUAAAAAUCAUUGUAAAGGAUACUAAUGACAAUGCACCUAUGUUUCCAUCCCCUGUCAUCAAUAUUUCCAUCCCAGAAAACACUCUGAUCAACAGUCGCUUUCCAAUCCCAUCAGCAACAGAUCCUGACACAGGUUUCAAUGGUGUGCAGCACUAUGAGUUGUUAAACGGGCAGAGUGUCUUUGGACUGGAUAUUGUAGAAACUCCAGAAGGAGAGAAAUGGCCUCAGCUGAUCGUGCAGCAGAACUUGGACAGAGAGCAAAAGGACACCUAUGUGAUGAAAAUCAAAGUGGAGGAUGGAGGUACCCCCCAGAAAUCCAGCACAGCCAUCCUGCAAGUCACAGUAAGUGAUGUCAAUGAUAACAGGCCAGUGUUUAAAGAGAGUCAAGUAGAGGUUCAUAUACCAGAGAAUGCCCCUGUAGGCACCUCUGUAAUUCAGCUUCAUGCUACUGAUGCAGAUAUAGGAAGCAAUGCAGAAAUCAGAUACAUUUUUGGUGCCCAAGUCGCCCCUGCAACCAAAAGAUUUUUUGCUUUAAACAACACCACAGGGCUGAUUACAGUUCAGAGGUCCUUAGAUCGAGAAGAGACUGCUAUUCACAAAGUGACAGUGCUCGCUAGCGAUGGUAGCUCUACACCUGCCCGGGCCACUGUUACCAUCAAUGUCACUGAUGUAAACGAUAACCCUCCUAACAUAGACCUCAGGUACAUAAUAAGUCCCAUCAAUGGCACAGUGUACUUAUCUGAGAAAGAUCCCAUCAAUACAAAGAUUGCUCUAAUUACAGUUUCAGAUAAGGACACUGAUGUGAAUGGCAAAGUGAUCUGUUUCAUUGAGAGAGAGGUCCCCUUCCACUUGAAGGCGGUUUACGACAACCAGUACUUGUUAGAGACCUCUUCUUUGUUGGACUAUGAGGGCACCAAAGAAUUCAGCUUUAAAAUUGUUGCUUCUGAUUCUGGCAAGCCCAGUUUGAACCAGACUGCCUUGGUAAGAGUUAAACUGGAGGAUGAAAAUGACAACCCUCCGAUUUUCAGCCAGCCUGUAAUUGAGCUGUCAGUUUCUGAAAACAACCAGCGUGGUCUAUACUUAACAACUAUUAGUGCCACAGAUGAAGACAGUGGGAAAAAUGCAGACAUUGUGUAUCAGCUUGGCCCUAAUGCCUCCUUUUUUGAUCUGGAUCGAAAGACAGGAGUUUUGACAGCCUCCAGAGUUUUUGACAGAGAAGAGCAGGAGCGUUUCAUUUUCACUGUUACAGCCCGAGACAAUGGCACCCCUCCUUUGCAGAGUCAAGCAGCCGUAAUUGUUACUGUGUUGGACGAAAAUGACAACAGUCCCAAAUUUACUCAUAACCACUUCCAGUUUUUCGUAUCAGAGAACUUACCAAAAUAUAGCACAGUGGGGGUGAUCACGGUGACUGAUGCGGAUGCUGGGGAAAAUAAAGCAGUGACUCUUUCCAUCCUGAAUGACAAUGAAAACUUUGUGCUGGAUCCAUACUCUGGAGUUAUAAAGUCCAAUGUUUCCUUUGAUCGAGAACAGCAGAGCUCCUACACUUUUGAUGUUAAGGCAGUGGAUGGAGGGCAACCACCUCGCUCUUCUACGGCGAAAGUAACCAUAAACAUCAUGGAUGUUAACGAUAACAGCCCUGUUGUCAUCUACCCACCUUCUAACACUUCUUUUAAGCUAGUGCCACUCUCAGCAAUUCCAGGAUCUGUGGUAGCCGAAGUCUUUGCUGUAGAUAUAGACACUGGCAUGAACGCUGAGCUUAAAUACACAAUCGUAAGUGGAAAUAACAAGGGUCUGUUUCGGAUUGAUCCGGUGACAGGUAAUAUCACUCUGGAAGAAAAACCGACUCCUAAUGAUGUGGGGCUGCAUCGCUUAGUUGUCAACAUAAGUGAUUUGGGUUAUCCCAAAUCCCUGCAUACUCUUGUGCUUGUGUUUUUGUAUGUAAAUGAUACUGCUGGAAAUGCCUCUUAUAUUUAUGACUUGAUACGCAGGACUAUGGAAACACCUUUGGACCGGAACAUAGGAGACAGUAGCCAACCCUACCAAAAUGAGGACUAUCUCACGAUCAUGAUCGCUAUCGUGGCGGGUGCCAUGGUUGUCAUAGUGGUGAUAUUUGUCACUGUUCUCGUUCGCUGUCGCCAUGCAUCCAGAUUCAAAGCCUCUCAGAGGAGCAAGCAAGGUGCUGAGUGGAUGUCUCCCAAUCAGGAGAACAAGCAAAACAAGAAAAAGAAAAGGAAGAAAAGGAAAUCUCCGAAGAGCUCUCUUUUGAACUUUGUGACCAUUGAGGAGUCCAAACCUGAUGAUGCAGUACAUGAACCUAUCAACGGGACAAUAAGCCUUCCAGCGGAGCUGGAGGAGCAAAGUAUAGGAAGAUUUGAUUGGGGCACAGCACCACCAACAACCUUUAAGCCUAACAGUCCUGAUCUUGCCAAGCAUUACAAAUCUGCCUCUCCGCAGUCUGCUUUUCAUCUCAAACCUGACACUCCAGUUUCAGUGAAAAAGCACCAUGUGAUUCAGGAACUCCCAUUGGACAACACCUUUGUUGGUGGUUGUGACACCCUUUCCAAACGCUCUUCCACUAGUUCAGAUCACUUCAGUGCCUCAGAGUGCAGUUCCCAAGGAGGCUUCAAGACAAAGGGCCCCUUACACACCAGACAGUCCCAGCGCCGUGUUACAUUUCACCUCCCUGAUGGCUCCCAGGAAAGCUGCAGUGACAGUGGUCUGGGAGACCACGAGCCGGUGGGUGGUGGAACCCUGAUCUCACACCCUCUCCCUCUGGUUCCGCCGCAGGACGAAUUCUACGACCAGGCUUCACCGGACAAGAGGACUGAAGCUGAUGGCAACUCCGACCCCAACUCGGAUGGGCCUCUUGGGCCACGAGGAUUAGCUGAAGCUACAGAGAUGUGUACUCAAGAAUGCCUGGUUUUGGGUCACUCAGACAACUGUUGGAUGCCUCCCAGCUUGGGCCCAUACCAACAGCCAAAGUCUCCUCUCUCCACCUUUGCACCUCAGAAAGAAUGGGUUAAGAAGGACAAACUAGUUAACGGACACACAUUGACCAGGACCUGGAAAGAAGAUAGCAACAGAAACCAGUUCAGUGACCGAAAGCAGUAUGGUUCCAGUGAGGGCCAUUUCAACACUGGCAACCACAUGACUGAUAUUCCUCUGGCCAACUUAAAGUCUUAUAAACAGGCCUCAGGAGCUGUUGAGAGUCCAAAGGAGCACCAGCUAUAAGAAAUGGUUACUUUGGACCAAUGACUUUAGCCUAUUUAGACUUGCUAAUACUAUGUGUGUGUCAGAGCUUUAUGUGCUGGGUAGACCUCUAGAACUAUGUUUCACCUAGCAGAGAUAUGCAUAUCUUUAUGUUAGCAGCGUGGAAGGUAUGAUGUCCUGCAACAUGAAAGAGUGUUUCUACUAGUUGUGUGCUUUUGUUAAAUAGACGUGAUUAAAAUCUGAUCUCUCCAGUUUGCAAAUAUCUGUUUUUAAUUUGUUUGGUUUUUGACCCUGGACUGCUGCUAUGAACAGAAGAUGCACUUGGAGAGUGAGAGAGCAAGAAAGUUCAGUGGAUUGCAAUGAUUGAAAAGCAUAUCCAGUUAGAAAAUUGUGCUUUUGUUGUCAUUGAUCUAUGCCUGGGACCAUUAUACUUGAGAUCAUAUUGCAAACAAAACAACUGAAACUGUAAACAUUAAACCUAUUGUGCUAUUAACAAUGUUAGUGGACACUUAUAAGCCAAUCAGUGUUCAAAUACUUGUAAAUAGAAACAAUUAUUACUUACAAUUUUUGUGUACUUAUAACGUUCACUUGAAAAGAUACUGUAGCAUAUUUCUGUGUUUCACAGUUGCUUUUUACUUCCUUUCAUUUGCUUCCUAUUGCUUUGCUUUUAUUUUCAGUGAUGGUGUUUCUGUGUUAGUAGUCUGUCUGACACACAAUGUUCCAAGGAACUCAAAACACUUGUGUUAAAAGAUUAAAAAAGGAGUGAUGGGGUGGGAAGGAAGGUUGGUUAUAGAAAGGAAAAAAGAAAAUAUAUUUCAUUCUAUGUAGCAGCAAAUGAUGCCAUCAUUCAGGUAGAAUUUCUUCUUUUUUUUUUUCCUUUUUUUUUUUUUUUUACUAUUCAGAAAUGAAAGGACUUGUGUAAGGGCUUAAAAAUUUAGCUUUUUUUUUUUAAUUCCAUUAUGUUUCAUAAAAUAGGGAAACUGCAAAACAAAAAAAAGAAUAUUUAAAUUAUGGUGGAGGGUGAGAGGGGAAGCUGUUUGUAAUCCUUGAUCAAAUUAGCUGCAGUCUGCCAUUUAAUGAAUAGCAGCUGACCUUGCUCUCAACUGGAAAAUACAGAGGAAAUUCUACAGGAGCAAAAUACAAUGAUAAUGUUUUUUUCCAAUUGGGCAGGUGUGUGUCUAUACCUAAGAGAGUUUGUAUUGCUGAAACAGCAACAUUUGUGUUGAUCUUCAUCUGUGUUAACGUUGUAGUAACACAAGUGUUUUUAGACCAUAGCCACAGAAUAUUUAAUGUGUUGUGCCUUCAUGAUGUAACAGAGCAUUCUCCUGGUAGGCUAGUUGGGGGAACUAAAGGGUUAAAUCUCUAAUUAUUGCUGUUUAACUGUUUGUUAUCAUAGUUGGUCAAUGCCUGGCAGGUACCAGUAUCAUGUCACCUCAGUCAAACUAGCAGAGUGACUCCUAAUGUUAAUAAAAUCUAAGUUGCACGCAAAGCAAAUCCAAAUCCAAACAUUUUAGAUGGUUUUUGUUAAGGCAUGACAGAUGACCUACACAACUAAAUAGCAUGCAAAAAAAAAAAAAAAAAGAAAAAAAAAGUCCUUACAGAGAAACAAAAGUUACUUACGCCACAGUGAAAUAUCAGUCUUAAAGUAAAAAACUUAGUAAUCUGAAGGUGACUUUAUUCUUACCAAAAACACAAGCUUUUUUUCUUCUUUAUUCUUUUGUGUAUAGCCGUUCACUUUUUUCUUCUUUUUUUUUUUUUUUUUUACUUUUUUUUUCCUUCACAAUAUAAAAGGCAUAAAAAUGGGUUAGGGGUGCAUUGCUUAUUGCAGUACUUAUGUCAGUUUGUGAGGGGUGUUUGAUGACUUUGACAGAAUAAAUAUCUAACCAGUUAUCCUUGUUACUGCUUUGCCAGUUCAACAUUAUUUAGUUAUUCAGCUCUUGCAAUAAAUGUUCUGAAUUCCUUAU